CUCAAUGCCACCCUGUCCUGGGGGGAGCGCAGCAGGCAGACGGGCCGGGCAGGCAGGCAGGAGCCCGUGGCAGAGCCCCCUGAGCCGCCAGACCACCGCACACCCCACGGUCAUGCUGCUCCUCCUGCACCUGCUGCCUGCAAUGCUGCCCACCGCCGCCCUGGCCAGCUGCACCGGGGCUGGUGUCGACCGGCAGCUCAUCCUGGCCAAGGUGCGGGCUCGGGUGCUGGAGCAUCUGAGCCCCCCAGUUCUCCAGGAGGAGCCCCAGGAGGAAGCAAAGAGGGUGCACCGGAGAGACAUCCUUGAAAACACUGAAGUUGAGCCGGAGGAGCUGGAGGAUACCUCCCAGGUGAUCCUCUUCCCUUCCACAGACGUGCCUUGUGAGCCCACGCAGCCGGAUGAGCUGCUGGAGGAAGAAGGGAUUUUCACCUACCUCUUCCAGCCCUCGGCGCACACCCUGACCCGCACGGUGACCUCCGCCCAGCUCUGGUUUUACACCGGCCCCUCAGCCGCCCGUAACCACUCGGCCCCUGACGUGCUGACCCUGUCGCCGCAGGGCCGCGUGCCGCUGACGGCCAUGGCAGUGCGGACGCCCGAGCACUGGACGGUGUUUCACUUCGCCCCGGGGCUGCUGCCCCAGCUCUCACAGCCGCUCUUCGUGCUCCUAGUGCGCUGCCCUGGCUGCCCCUGCCUGGCCGAGGGGGACAAGAUGCCCUUCUUGGUGGCCACCACCCGGGCCAAGGGCAGCGAGAGGGCUCGUCGCUCCGCCGUGCCCUGGUCCCCGGCCGCCCUGAGCCUGCUGCAGCGCCCGUCUGAGGACCUGGCCGCCCAUACCAACUGCCGCCGGGCUUCCCUCAACAUCUCCUUUGAGGAGCUCGGCUGGGACAAGUGGAUCGUGCAUCCCAGCAGCUUCGUUUUCCACUACUGCCACGGGAGCUGCGCCGAGGGCCACGGGCUGAGCCACCGCCUGGGCGUGCAGCUCUGCUGCGCUGCCCUGCCCGGCACCAUGCGCUCCCUGCGCGUCCGCACCACCUCCGACGGCGGGUACUCCUUCAAGUACGAGACGGUGCCCAACAUCCUGGCCCAGGACUGCACCUGCGUCUAGGGCAUCCUGCAGCCCGGCCCUGGACCGUGACCCUGCCCAGGAGGAGUCGGUCGCCCAGAGGACCCCUGGCCCCACGCCACAGGGACCAGAGGGACCCGGGGGGGGGGGCAGUGCCACCCUCCCCUGCACAAGCUGGAGUUUCGGGCUGCCCUGAGCAUGGUCACGCUGCCAGACCUGCCCCAGGGCCGGUCCCAGUCUGGAGCAAGCCGGGGCAUGGUGGGGCAGGGACAGGCACAGCCUCUGGCAGAGGCUGCCGAAGCCAGCCUGCUGCCUGCAACCAGCUCAGCCCCCGUUUCUCCCCACCCGCUCCUUCCUAGCAAUUCCUGCCCCCCCCCAAAGACUGGGGUCCCACUCCUGCUGCAGAGUGCAACAGCCUCCCUGUGCUCCCAGGCAGGGCCAGGCUGCGGCAGCAGGGAUCGGGAUGUGCCAGGGCAACUCCAUGCCAGGACGUCGCAACGGUGGCAAGGCUGGUGGCACACGUGGCACUGCAAGCGAGCCCUCUCCCGGCAGCACAGCCUGUUGGAAAGCUUAACAGAAUGAGUGAAA